AUGUUCAACAACGAGAUAGCUUCGCUUUCUGGCUAUAGAAGGGUGAAGGUGUCCCUGUACACGUUCAGCCCAACACUGCAAACUCGGGACAUCAUCUUCAACGGGGCGGGAAGUACCAAGCACAGCUGGUUCUCCAAGAGCCGUGUCAUCUCAUCGCCGUGGACUGACCUGAAGAGCGCACCCACCAACUACUUUUCCAUCUCAGGACACCGUGACGUGGCUUGGCGCAUUAAUAGGCGAUUCUUCAUCAACCGAAACUACGGAGGCUGCCCUGCUGAUAACGGUUGGCUGGUCGUCCUUGAUGGAAACUCGUACGGCUGUCCUUGGGAGAAAAGGACUGCUGGCACCCCGCGGAUCCUGUUUUCCAAGCGGUCCACCAGCGUCAAUUUUGAGCGAGAUCCGGGAAAUGUGGGCAUUGCUGACGUCAUGGCCAUCUUCAUCAAGACCUGUGACGGCUAGCUGAUAUCAGCUGACAUGUCCGCCUGAGGCCAUCAGCAUUUAGAGAAGUCACAAUGCAGAGCCGGUAUUGGCAGUUAGAGCAAGUUGCUGACGAUUACAAAUCGUUCAUUUUAGAUCAAAGCCUUCUUUUGCUAAGUAUUGCAAUAUAGCUAUAUUACUUACGUGAACUAUGCAACUCGGUCUAUUCAGUGAGACAUUCCUCAGCACAUGUAAUAGUAGAAUGGAAAUUUAUUUGAUAGAACAACAUAUUAGAACUUAUUCCACAAAAGAACAUUUGUAUGUUACACACUUCUGUGAGGGUGCACAUUAUAAUGAAGCUGAAUGAACUGUUCAAUGAAAUUGCAUUAGUAAGUUGAUUUGCUUUAGAUACGAUUCUAUGUUGCUCAUUACGUUUAAGGCUGUUGUAUAGAA